UAGACUGCUUGCUGAAGCAGGACAGUUUCGUGGAGGCCCUCUCUUUGGCCUGGUCUUUCACGAGGGCACAGCUAAAGCUGUAGUUGGUCUCUGUGGAGAUCCAGUGAAACGGAAAGGAGUUGUGGGUGAUAAGAUGGUGGAGAUCCUUUUGCAAUUCACGGAGCAUGCUCUGAAGAAGUGUCCAGAGCAAGGAAAAAUUCAAGUGAUGGAGCAGCACUUCCACGACAUUGUUCCUGUCCUGGUGGAUUACUGCCUGCUGCUACAAAGAUUGGAUUUGCUGUUUAAUCAGCUCUACAGCCGACUGCUGGAAAAUGUUGUGGCAAAGGGCGUAUUCCUCGAAGUAUUGGAGUCCUACAUUGUGGCAGAUCGCUUGGGUCAUCUGACCACACCUAUUAUGAGGGACCUCCUUGCCCAUUACCAUGGCAACGGCAUGAUGGAUAGCCUCGAGAGGUGCAUUGUGCAUCUGGAUGUGACCAGCCUGGACAUUCAGCAGGUGGUGAACGUCUGUUGGGAUAAUAAACUGUAUGAUGCCAUGAUGUAUGUCUUCAACAGUGGCAUGAAUGACUACAUCACACCUUUAGAAAAACUUUUUUCAGUGAUUGGUCCUCCUCUUAGAGAGGGGCGAAGUCUGACAGAUGAAGAAGUGAUAAUGGGGAAUAAGGUCCUAGUUUACAUAAGUUGCUGUCUGGCUGGGAGAGCGUAUCCUCUUGGAGACAUCCCUGAAGACCUGGUGACGCAGGUCAAGAACCAGGUCUUUGACUUCCUGAUCCGACUGCACUCGGCUGACUCCACAGAGGAAGAGGAUGUGUUCCCAUUUAUUCGCACUCUGCUUCACUUUGAUACCCGCGAGUUCCUCAAUGUCUUGGCUAUGACGUUUGAAGACUUUAAGAAUGACAAACAGGCACUAGAGUACCAGCAGAGAAUAGUUGACAUCCUACUUCAGGUGAUGGUGGAUAACCCUGACUUCACUCCGUCUCAGGUUGGCUGUCUCUUCACCUUCUUGGCUCGGCAGCUGGCCAAACCAGACAACACACUGUUUGUCAACCGAAAUCUAUUUGAUCAGGUGUUGGAGUUCCUGUGCAGUCCAGUGGAUGACUCUAGACAUACUGAAAGGCAGCAGGUGCUGCUAGAACUGCUACAGGUGGGCGGUGUGGUGCAGUUUGAUGAAGAAGGACUACUGACGUUAGCUGAAAAGGCCAAGUUCUUCCAGGUUUGUGAGUUUUUGUAUGAGAAGAAACACCUGUAUGACAGAAUCAUAGACUGCUACUUGAAUGACCCCCUGCGGAAGGAGGAAAUCUUCAGCUAUGUGCACAACCUGCUGUCUAUGCCAGGUUAUAGUGUCGAAGAGAAGCAGGCUGUGAGGGACAAGGCUCUGCUGCACAUCAAGGAACUGGUGUGCCUGGAUGCACAGAAAUCCUCAGACCUGGUUCUCUUUCACUUUUCUGAGGAGGUGCAGUCGAUUCUGUCCGUGCUGCAGGAGGCCCAGCUUCAGUUUAACCUCCUUAGCUGUCUCCUGGGACCAAGAGAUGGCCCAUGCCUGGCCCCCAGUCUUACCCAGGAUCUAUCACUCCACGAGCUCUUGUUGGAGCUAAUGUGCCGCUUUGCCCCUGAGCAGCUGCUGGAUUUCCUGCAGAGCUGUCAGCAGUACAGACUGGAGGAGGCCAUUCAGAUAACUGACAAGUACCACCACAAUGAGGCGACUGCCUACCUGCUGGAGAAGAAGGGUGAUGUCCAUGGAGCCUUCAACAUCCUUUUAGAGAUGCUGAAAGAGAAGCUGACAGUGUUGACAGCCAGUCAGACUGAAGGAAGUCUUGAGGAGGAGUCUGCUCACAAAGACCUGGAGCAGGCUUUGAACACUGUUAUUGAGUUGUGUCACCGGAGCUCCCAAGGUCUAAAUCAACAACAAACUGAGGGUUUGUGGUUCCCUCUUCUUGAGGCCAUGAUGGCUUCACAAAAAAAUAUGACAGGUGCAAACAGCAAGCACACCUCUGAAGUUCUCAAGGAGCUGACAAUGAAAGUUCUGAACAGCAUGAGCAGUUUCAUCUCUCUGCCAGCAAUCAUCCAGAGAAUACUACAGGAUCCUGUUUAUGGAAAGGGAAAGCUGGCAGAAAUCCAGGGUCUUAUCCUGGGCAUGCUUGACACAUUCAACUAUGAACAGACCUUGCUUGAAACCACUACAAAUCUGCUGAACCAUGAUCUCCACUGGUCCCUGGCUCACCUACACUCUGCAGUGAAACGAGGGCUCCACCCCCGACAGGACAGCUGCAUUAUCUGUUUGCAGCAGUACAAGAGGAAACAGGACAGCACAGAGGAGAUCAUUGUUUUCAGCUGUGGACACUUGUACCACCUCCAGUGCCUGCAGCAGAAGGACUGUAGUUUGGGGCAGUUCCCUAAAAACAAAGUGUGGAGCUGCUACAAAUGUUCAUCGAGUCAGGGGGGUCGCACUGUGCCCCCCAGCCAGCCCAAGAGAGGCCGCACGGCCUCCUUGGCACAGACACGAGUGACAUCCGUCUACCAUGACUCAGAUUCUGAGAGAAAGAAGUUUUUUGUUGAAGCCACAUUAGACCAUCAUCAGGAACAGUCCUGGGACCAGCUGCGCAGUUUGUAUCGAGGGCCUUCACGGCUGUCCAUUCUAUCAGAACUGACACAGAGUUCAGAGAAGCCUGGGCUCCUCAUGUCUGCACAGACAGGAGUUGACUUCCAACUCAAACUGUCACCGCCCCCUCUAGUGGAGGAAUAAUGAACUACACACUUGGUCUUAAAAACUUGACCAAAUACUCUUCAGUUCCCAACAUCUCUGUGCACUAAAUGAAAACAUAAUAUCCAUAAAAAUGAUUUCUUUAAUAAUUUAAUUUUAAAACUCUCUACAAAAUCAUGUUUCUAAUUUCUAUUUUAAUUAUGAUAAAUGACAAACAACUGAUUUACAGUAAAUUUUGUUAAAAUUA